CUCUUGUGUUUGUUGGCUGAUGAUGGUUGUGGCAGAAUAGGCUUAUGGCGCAUCACUAUAGCAACUGUGAACGGGGAGGCACUUGAGUGCGAGAGGAGUGAGGGAGGAAGGCAGUGUGAAUUAGUCCAUUCUCUCUUCAGGCAGAGCCCGAAGCUGGCUAAGCUAGAUGAGCACUCAAGGGAGAAUGAGGGAGCAGAGCUACAGGAAAGUGGGCGGACUGCACUGAAAAAAAGAAGACCAGAGAGAGAGAGAGAGAGAGAGAGAAAGAAAAAGAAAGAGAGAGAGAGAGAAUACAGAAUGUAGACAGGCAAGAUUUGCAAUUUGUAAUCUGUAAUUCAAGGAUUUACAAAUCCCCAUUCAAGUGUAUUCCUUCUCAAAGUCUGAAGAGAACAGAGUUUAAAAAAGGUUGAGGCAGCCCUCCAAUAUAAGUGUCACACAUUCACACACCAUGUCUUGGUUCGGCUGGAACGAGUCGCAGUACCGGAGCCCGCGGCGCCAGCCGUCCGAGAUCGUCACGGAUACGCUGAUGCUGGAGCUCGGAUGGCAGAUAAAGGAAGCCGAGCGACUGCAGCGGGAGCGAGAUAACGAAUACCGGCGACUCCAAACCGGCGUGGACUACAGCUGGCUAAUGAGCACCCCGCGAAGCUCUUACGAUAUCAGCCCGGGAGAGAGACUGGGCCUCGAGGACCUGUGCAGCAGAGUGCACCCUUCGUACUGUGGUGCCGUUAUAAUCCGGUUUCGCCAGGUCCUCAUGGAGAACGAGCCUGAGGUGCAGGAGGUUUCCGGACUGUUCCGCUACACUCUGCUGGAUGAGCUGGAGCGUAUCCAGGAGGAGCGUGAGGCGCAGCGCCUGGCCCGGCAGUGGAACAACAGGCGCUCCGUCAGCCUGUCGCUGCUCAGUUUCAAGUCCCGCAUGCGCAUCAACCCGUUCGGCAGCUCCGUGGGCCUCACCUCCAGCGGGCACGGAGCCGAGGAGGGCGGCAGAGAGGUCCACACUGUGUGCGGGGAUGUGGAGAAAGGCCAGAGGCAGACAGCCGACAGGGCACAGCGGGUGUGGAGUAUGCCUGACUUCAGACACAAAGGGAUCAAUGGCAAUGUGUAAUGGCGACUGGGAGUGGGAGACUUUGGGUAACUGCUGAGUUUCUCAAGAGUCUUAGGCAGUUACUAAGGCUUUGGAAAUGCCACGCUUAAGGUUUAAGUUCAGUAGUAAAACUGAAACAAUAAACCAGCAAAUACUGCUGUCACAGGACAUUUUUGCACAAUAAUAAUCAGUCUAUAGGCUACAUUAUAUCUAAUCUGAACACUUCCAUAUUUAACUAUUACAGAAAAUAUACUUUAUAAAGCCUACCCACAGAAACCGUGGAAUUUUGUGCAAUAAAUUAAUCUUAAUUUGACACAAGUUUCUUUUUGUAAAUUGUAACUGUAGCUGUAACUAUUAUUUGGGGUUUGUUUACAUAUCGACAAUUAUACUUUAGAUAUGUGAAUUCCAAACUCCAUAACAGCAGCAAGUAUAAAAUGGUUAACUGGUAAGGACUUUACUUAAAGUGUCAUUAUCAUGGCCAAUUGAAUUUCCUUUACUUUACUGAAAUUAGGAUUUUGAAGAAAUAUAUAAACAUUGUUUAAGUUUCAAAAGAUACUCUUCACUCCCAUUUUGAAAUUAUUAUUUCACUCAUGUCAUGAGAACAAACUCAUUUACACAUCUCAGCCUGUUCAGUCUACAAUUACUUACAUGGCAGAUUUCAGGUCUGUUUCAGAUGGGAAGGCUUUUUAAUGAAUCAGAAUACAGGGCAGCGAAUCAGGACAGAGCUUGUUUAUCUUAUAUCAGUAAAAGAACAGCCUGUUAAAUGUUUAGGGAUAAAGAUAGAUUGUAAAGUGGUCAUCUAAAAAUGAAUGAUGACUUUUUGGAGUAUAAAGUAACAUAAAUGUUGUAAGUGGACAUCAAGGAAAAAUAUAAAUUAUAAGAUAAAUAUAAAAAUCUAUAAAUAUAAAUACAUUUUUAUGUUUAAAAAAUUCUCUUAGGCCUGAACAAAAUUUAUAUGUGGUCCAGAAAUGGUAAGCCAUAUGGCUGUUACCCAAGUGUUACCCAAAGGAAAAAACUGAUCUGCUAAGUCCUGUCACUUUGAUGUGUCACAUGGUCCCACCGCUCUUUGACUUUAUAUACAGUGGCAAAUUAGUCUUCAUUUAAAAUUAAUUUGUGGCACUUAAGAGUUUGUGAUGUUGAUACUGACAGUCGCUGGGGAACAUCCUUCUUUCUCUCAACCAUCUUCCUCCUUGAUUGCCUCCUGUUUUAGUCAAUGUACCAAUUUUUUAAAAUUCUGAUGUUAUAUUAAAUCAUUAUUUAUUUACAUGUGAUGGUACCUAAACAUCACCAGUUACUAAUUUCUUGGCAUUAUUACCUAUUAAUUUAACUACUGACAACAUUUUUAUGAAUGACACUUCUUGAUGAAUCGGACAAGCGGAUUUAUAAGGAUUUUUCUGGGUGUCAAAUAUGCUAAUUUAGGAUUUUGAUGAAUGCAUGCUUUUGUACAAGCAGAGCAUUUUAAAAGGGUCAUUUACAACAAUUUAUUGAAUGUAUGAAUUUGAUGUGGUACAUCAUUUGAGCUGUAUUUACAAAAAUGUAUGAGAAAUUUAAGAAUAUGGAAUUGCUCUUGCUUGAGGCCCAAUAUUUAUUACUUUAUACAAUAUUUAUACCAACUACACUAGAAAACAUUACAUCAGGGUCAUGUUGUUCAUCCUUCUUUAAAUGAUUCAUUGUUUAGAUUAUAUAAUAAAACAGGAGCUUUAAUGGAAAGUCCUAUGCCAGUUUGAGGUAUUAGUUCAUAGAAGUGUUUUGACAAUAAUGAUCAUGGCUGGUUAAAAUGAGCAUAAACAGUAUUACACUGGCCACUUUAUAAGGUAAAUUAUCUUAUAGGUGUAUUUUAUAGUGGUACAAAUAUAGAUCUAAUUUUUCAGAUAUUGCUUAGGUAUCUGACUACUCAAGUAAUUAGUAAACCUGACCAGAAAGCAGGUAUUGCGCUGAUAUGAGUGUAUCCAGCACAGUAGCAUUGCUUGAGUUUUUGUUAUUCUGUCAUUCUGAAGAAUCUGCCUUCCAAACACAUACCCAGCUAACAAUGACAGCCAAAACUAACCAAUAAGGAGAUGGGAGGAUGGUUAACACAAAUUUCAUAUGAAAACAUAUUUCUAUUGCCCAUCCUAUGAAAUGUUUCCAAUCAAUGAAUGUUUCUCCAAAUGGGUGGUGAGGGUAUUUUAACAGUGCUUUGUGUGGAUUUGCACUUUGAUCCAACAAGCCGCAAGCUAGAACAAAGUCAAAAGCCUGAAUGCUUAUCCCAAUCUAUUCACAGAAAAUCUCUAAAUUACAACUUAAAUGACUGAAGGAAACAUACAUCACUUAUGCAGUGAAGCAUUAAUACUUCAUUAUUAACCACUGCAAAAGUAAAGGCUUUAAGAGCACAAAAGCUCUAUUCAAGGACACCGCUAGUCUUAUUCAAGUUAUUGAUCUGAUUGUUGCCAGUGACCAACUACAGGUUAUAGAAAUAGGUCAACACUUUGGUCAUUGUUCAUU